CAUUGCUUACAAUCCCUUGAGAUUUUAACUUCGUAAAUUUAUCAGUACACUUUUAGAUUUUAAUUUUAUUUACUAUACUUUGUGAGUAAAUUAUUAUAAAUUUGUUGGUGUCAAAAAAUUAAGAUAUGCGAAUCAAUGGUAUGAACAAUUCAAUUUAAAUUAACUAAAAUUGAGUGAAAAGUGCGAAAGUUCCGAACAAUUUUUAAAUGGGACGUACAGUUUAUAUUUUCCAUUUCUUACAAUUACAUCGUGUUCUAUGUAGUAUAUUACUUAUAAUUAUGGUUCAUUAAUACUUCGAAAAAAUACAAUUAUGAAUUUUACAAAUGAAACAUAUUCACACGAUGAGUCGAUGUACCGGUGUGGUCCAGGUUUGGACUAUUUUCAUCAGGAGUACGCCAAAAUUCAUGGAUGGGCAAGUUUGUUAGUUUGCAUUUUCGGGUCAAUUGCCAACACCUUGAAUAUAGCAGUCUUAACUCGUCAUGAAAUGAAUUCUCCAACAAAUGCCAUUCUAACUGGAUUAGCUGUUGCUGAUUUAUUAGUAAUGCUAGAAUACAUUCCGUAUGCUAGUCACAUGUACUUGUAUCACAGAUCUAGAAAAGAUAUCUAUACGUAUGGCUGGGCAGUAUUUGUAUUAUUUCAUUCUCUUUUCACUCAAGUUUGUCAUACAAUAUCUAUUUGGUUGACUGUAACAUUAGCAAUUUGGAGGUAUAUUGCCGUAGCAUACCCUCAACGAAAUCGUGAAUGGUGUAGUUUCCAAAAGACAAUAUUAGCUAUAAUAGGAGCUUAUUUAAUUUGUCCGUUAAUUUGUCUCCCGGUUUACUUUACAACUGAAGUCCGAUCUAAACAGGAAUUAUUAGAUUCAUAUGGUAAUUUAGCUAACUUGAGUCACUACAACACAACUGAGUCAACAUUUAAUCAAACAUUAUGGUUUGUCGAUUUGAGUGAUACAAUGAAAGCUAAUAGUUUGCUUAAUCUAAUUAAUUUUUGCAUGUAUAGUGUUGUGAUUAAGUUGAUACCUUGUAUUGCAUUAACAAUUUUAAGUCUUCGACUCAUUUUGGCACUUAUGGAAACGAAAAAAAGAAGGAAACUCCUCAUAAACACGACGUUAGUGAGAAACUUAGAUGAAAAAAUGCGCGAAAGUUCAUACGAUGUUAAAAAGGGUAAAAAAAAAUCGUCCAGAAUUUUAGAUAAAGAAAGACAAACUGACAGAACUACUAAAAUGCUAUUAGCUGUAUUACUUCUCUUCUUACUUACGGAGUUUCCACAGGGAGUACUUGGUUUGCUCAGCGUCAUAUUGGGAUCAGGUUUCUUUCGGACAUGUUAUGUUAAGCUUGGUGAAAUGAUGGACGUAUUAGCUCUAAUAAAUUCGGCUAUAAACUUCAUUCUCUACUGUGCAAUGAGCCGACAAUUUCGAACCAUCUUCAGCCAGUUAUUCUGCAGAUGGAAGUUGUUUGGUAGAUGGGUACCCGUUCCACCACAUUUAGACAACAAUGGCCAUACAGCGACAACUCACACAAUGACACAAGUGACUCAGGUCUAGCAUCGGCAUAACCAGCAGCCGCACACUUUCCCGUGGAAACGUCGGACACCGAAAGAGGGACAAUGGGGACUACUUAAAAUAUAGUGAAUAAUUAAUCCAGCACUUAAAUUGGUAGCAGACUUUUUUCCAUUUCUAGAGCAUCUAGAAAUGACUCAAGUACUCUCAACCUGAGACGAAUUCACCCUCUCGCCCUUCCCAAUUUCACCAUAAAGUUAUACAGUAUAUUUAAGCGAGUCGAAAAAAAAUUCUCCAUGUCAGUAUACCCGUCAAUAUAUAGUAGGGAAAACAAAUAUGAUUAUUGUAUGUGAUAUCGAUUUAUACAUAUAGUGACUUCGUCAGCAAACGUUGGAAGACACUCAUGGGAAUUAUUUAGGAAACAAAUGGAUCGAGCUCCCCUACAUGUCCUUGUCACAAAACUUGACGUAAAAAAAAUAGGAAAAAAAAAUUAUAAAGGUGUUAUCAUUUGAUGUCUUGAUUUCGACGAAACUUUCUACUUUUUUUUUUUCUAUAUUUUUUUUUGUUGACUUUUUUCUCAAUUAUAUAUAUAUAUAUAUAAUUAAUUUCAAGAAUACUAUUCUAAAUUAUGUCAGAAAUCAAAUUAAGUCAGAUAUAAACAUAAACGUGAUGGAAAUAAUGAUGUGAAAAUAAUUAAUUUGGUCAAAAUCUCGUAAAGUGAAGAAAAAAAACGUUCGAAUGUUUAUUAAAAGUCAGAUUGCUUACCCUGAUUAAAAAAAAUGAUUAAAAAGUAUUUAAAAUGAUUUGUUUUUUAAUCAUUUUAAAUACUUUUUAAUCCUUCAAAUCAUUUCUAAUCCUGUCUCUUAUGGACAUUUAACGUGUGAAAUCAUUUUUAAUCAGGGUAGUGGAGUUUUAUUUUUUUUUUGCCAAACAUUUAGUAAAGUUUUGUUUUUUCAUGAAAAAAUAUAUCAGAAAAGUAUUUAUUUUAUUUAAAGUUGCCAAAAAAUUUAACAAGUAUUAAAAAAUAUAAAAUAUAAAAUUUUAAUCAACUAUACUUUCUCAUUUGUUUUUAAGAAUUUACAUAUUAAUACAUUAACUUUUAUAAAAAGUAUUUUACACAUUUAACUCGUAAUUAUAUAUAAAGUCAAAUAAUUAAAAAAAAUAUAUAUGUAUAAAUAUAUACCUCACAAAUAUUUGUGUAUAACACUUAUGGAAAAUCAAUAAAUACCAAUAAUGAAUAUAUGUCGAGGUUAUUGCACAAGGGAUUAUAAUAAAAGUCUAAUAAAUAUACAAGACGUGUGGAUUUGAAAUCACCUGUAUAAAUGUGAGAAAAUAGAGGAAGAAAUAAAUUUACCGCCGUAGUAGGAUGGAAGAGUCAUUUACUGCGCCCGAGUGUACUUUUCCGCUACCUUAACAAGUUCUUUUCCAUCAUUCUUUAUCCUUUCUAAUUUUUUCUGUAACAAUUCUUUUACUUCCAUAAAAUAAAAGCAUACAUAAUUAAAUUUGUUACUCAACUACUAUAGAUAUAAAAAAAAAAAAAUUCCAUAACGAUCAAAAUAAACAAUGAUAAAAUGUAAUUUGACAACACCAAGGCCCAGUUUUUUAAUAAGAAAUCUAAGUUAAAAUUUAAAUUCAUAUAUUUUCAAGUAUAUCUACUAUAAAGUAUAUGUCAAAUUACUAAUCACAGAUUUGAACCACACGCACGAGUAAAAAUAUAUACUUAAGUCAAGCAUCGAAUUCAAAUUUAAGGAAUUUGUCUAUCAUUAAAAAUAAUUUUUUUUUGAGAGACUAAAAGAAUAAAACGAAUAAUUUUAUAAUUUCUUGGACUAUUUACUGCUACAAAAAACAUCAAACUGCUCAGGUAAGCAGAUCGAUAAUAUUUGAUUUAGUAAAACAUCGAAGUUUUAAAAUUAUAUGUAAGUAAUAAAAGAUUACUUUUUGUGAUGGAUGUGUUAUUAUUAUAACUCAUCAUCCAAAAACGUUUUAUAUUAUAUUCGAAGAUUUUACAAUGGAAAAUAAAAUAAAUAAAAAAGCGUUAUAUAAUUAAAACUAUAAUUGUUACACACUUAAAAUCAUUGUAUAUAAUUGUAUUUAAUUAUACUAUAUAAAACAACACUAAUAUGUUUUCGCUAAU